AUGCGUUGUUCUAUUAUCUUUUUUCUUCUAAUAUUAGUAACUUUGUUUGAAGUCGUGAAUGGAUUCAUGAACUUGCAUGAGUAUAAUUUUACAGUCGCCUAUGCUGGCAAUUCAACGUCUGUUUUAUUGAUUAAUAAUCAAUUUCCAGGGCCAACAAUUAGAGCUAAUCUUAACGAUACCAUAAUUGUUCAUGUUCAUAAUGCUCUUCACACAAUGGAAGAAGUUACUAUUCAUUUUCAUGGGAUUCUUCAGCAGCAAACCCCGCAAAUGGAUGGCGUCGGAUUUGUUACACAAAUGCCAAUUCCCAAUGGACGAACAUUUACACAUGCUUUUCGUGCAAAUCCAGCUGGUACACAUAUGUAUCAUUCACAUGCAGGGUUACAGGCUGUGACAGUAUUUGGUACAAUAAUCAUUGAUGAUCCAUUACGACGAUGGGAAGCAGCAGAAAUACCAUCAGGCCCAAUUAUGUUUUCUGAUCACUGGGAAGGAGUUGAUCGUCUUGAACAAGAAGCUGGUUUACUUGAGUCACCAUUUAAAUGGGAAGGAGAACCAUCCAAUUUGUAUAUGAAUGGUCAACGAAAUUUUUUGUUGACGCUAGAUCCAGGAGAGAUUUAUUUGCUACGAUUAAUUGGUGCUACAAGUUUGUCUACGAUUGUAUUUGGCAUAACGGAACAUCCGAUGACUGUUGUCGAGGUCGACGGAAAACUAGUGAUACCAAAACCUAAUAUAACAUCAAUCGAAAUUGCUUCUGGACAAAGAUAUGCGGUACUGAUCGAGACAAAAAGUCAAUAUAGCGGUGUUUUUGCUAUGCAAGCAGCUAUUCGAUGGCGAGUAGCAGCAGCUAACUCGAGUUGUAUUGGAAUCUUACGAUAUGGCGUACAAUCUUCACUUUCUACGAAUUUAACAUCAUUGGAACUUCCAUCAUUAUUUAAUGAGACUGAAUUAUUCUUAUUUGCAUUUCGUGAGCGAUAUCAAACAUUACUUAAAUCAGAAAGAAUGCCGCCAGGCCAUGAAGGUCGUGCUGAUACUGAAUUCAUUUUACAUACUGGUCAAGAAUAUACACCCGAUGGAAAAGGUAUUCGUUGGUUAACCAACAAUGCAACAUUCGAUAUGCUUCGUUUAAAAAAUCUUACUACAUCUCUUCUGAUGGAUUUGUAUCAUGGAAAUGAACAAAAUCUCCCACAUGACGUUGUUUAUACUUUAGAACAUGAUCAAUUAGUUGAUAUUGUGGUUCAAAAUACGGUUGCACUCAAUGGCAUAUGUGAAUCACAUCCAAUGCAUAUGCAUGGACAUAAAUUUUGGAUACAUUCGUAUGGAACUGGUAUGUACAAUGCUGUACAUAAUAUCUGGCCUGAUAGACACGACCCAGUACUACGUGAUUCGUUAAUGAUUUAUGCCAGCUCUUAUGCUUAUUAUUCACCGAAUCGAAAUGUUUCCAAUCAUCGGAUGCCAUGCGGAUGGACAAAAUUACGCAUGAUCGCGAAUAAUCCAGGUUUGUGGAUGUUUCAUUGUCAUAUUGGUGCACAUUCAUUUAUGGGUAUGAACGUUCUUCUCAAAGAAGACAUCGAAAAUUUAUCAAUGAUUUAUUUAAAACAAAAUUAA